AUGUACCAAGAUAUUCGUGAACUUAUAACACUUGAAGAUGUAAUGGAUGAGCUUCAUUAUGGUCCAAACGGUGGUCUAAUUUACUGCUUAGAGUUUCUUCUUAACAAUAUAGAUUGGCUUGAAGACGAACUCGGUGAAUACUAUGAUGAUUAUCUCAUAAUCGACUGUCCUGGGCAGAUCGAAUUAUAUACUCAUUUCCCUAUAAUACGUCGCUUGUGCGAGUGUUUGCAGAGGAUGAACUUUCGUCUUUGUGGAGUAUAUUUAUUGGAGAGUCAGUUCAUAGAAGAUAAGUCAAAGUUCUUUGCUGGGGUACUUAGCGCUAUGUCGGCUAUGAUUAGUCUGGAAAUACCGCAUAUUAAUGUUAUGAGUAAGAUGGAUCUGCUGGGUGACGACGCGAGUAAGCAAAUAAUGGAGAGAUAUUUUGAUCCAGACCCCUUGCUUCUUCUCGAAGAAGUAAAUAGAAAUACGAACUCCAGAUAUCAUAGCCUAAAUGAAGCUAUCGCACAAUUGGUUGAUGACUAUAAUAUGGUCAGUUUCCUACCAUUGAACAUUCAGGAUGAGGAUUCGGUCGCUUCAAUACUAUCUCAUAUUGAUAAUGCAACGCAAUUCGGGGAAGAUCAGGAACCAACGGAACCGAGAGAUGAAUACGUUGACGAAAAUGAAUGA